AUGUCAGACGAAGAAAAACUAGAUAUAUUUGAUGAUAAUGAAGGUGAAUAACCAGUAGAUGCUGUAAACGAUUAAGCUUUUGAUGACUAGCAAGUAGAUGAGUUGUUGGAUUUAAAUUUAGAUGAUGCUGAGUUUGAUGAUCUUGAAUUAGAAAAAUAUGUAGAAGGAAAUGAUGAUAAACCAAGUAAAAGGAUUUAAAAAAAAAGAAAGUCUUCUUCUGGUGGAAAUAAUGUAGAAGCUAAGUAAUAAAAACCAAGAUCCAGUAAGAAAGAGGAAGAAAGAUUAAAAAAUGAGCUCGAAAUCAAAGAAGAAGUAAAAAAAAUAAAAAGUGAGAUGAAAUAGAUUCAUUAAAGAGAUAUAAAAGCUGUAGAAAAUAAAAAACCUGCACUCAAUAAAAUAAAGCACAUUGAUGAAAUAAUUUCUAAGCUUAGCAAGUUAGGCGUCUAGAGAGAAUUUGUGUAAGAUAAAGGAAUUGAUUAUUUAGCUGACUGGCUUGAUAAAAUUCCAAAUGGACCAGAACCAAGUGUCACUUUAAGAAAGAAACUACUUUAAUUCAUUUUUGAAUUAAAUGUUACUCGCUCAAAUUUGACUGGAAUUCGUCUCGGAAAAGUUAUCUAUAAGAUCUCGUCAAAGAGUGAAGUAAAAGAGUUGAGAAUAUUAGCUAACAAAGUUGUGGAAAAAUGGAGUAAAAUAAUAAAUAGCAGAGAUAAAAAAUAUGAUGAUGAGGAUCAGUACGAAUACGGAGAUUGA